AUGAAUCAUGGGCCUUAUGCCUCCUUCACGAUCGGUCAGGCGAGCACACCAAUCUGCGAAUUCUCCCCCCAAAUCCCCCGAGAGAAGAUGUUCGGCUUCACUACGACCGUGCGCGGCGGCGGCGUGCAGCCCACCUUCAAGAUCUUCUGCAAGGCCGACGAGAACUUCUGCCUCACCGUCCGCGACGGCGAUGCUGUCCUUGCCCCCGCCGAUUUCAACGACGAGCACCAGCACUGGUAUAAAGACAAGCGCUUCGGCACAUUCGUAAAGGAUGAGGAGGGAAAGCACGCCUUCUCCCUCAUCAACAAGGCCACCAACCUCGCCGUCCAGCACUUCGGUGGCCCGUUCCACCCGUUCUCGGAGGACGGGGUUUGGAAUGAUUUCUUCGGGUACCUUCAGGUGAAGCUGGUGCGCUUCGAUCUGGACUCCUUCGACAGCACCCUUAUGUGGACGCUGUCCAACAACUUGGGCAAGGACGGCUUCGGAUUCAUCCGCACGCUGAACGACAUCUCUCUCAAACUGGCCGCCUUCCAUGGAGACCAUGGCGUCACCGUCAAGCUCUCGGAUUCGUGCACCGGCGACAACCACCACUGGAAGAUCCUGCCCUGGAGAGACGAGGCCUACAUGGUGGGCGAGCACUCUAUGCGCCUCUACUGCAAGGCGGAUGAGCGCUUCAGCGUCACCGUCCGCAAUGGCACCGUCUGCCUCGCACCCACCAACCCCGACGACGAACGCCAGCACUGGGUCGAGGAUACGAGGUACGGGGACACUAUCAAGGACGAGGAUGGAUACCCAGCUUUCGCCCUCAUCAACAGGGCCACCGGCGAGGCCAUCAAGAAGACAUCCGAGGAAAGCCCUAGUACAAAUAAGGUUCAAACACAAACACUUGCAGGAUAUGAAGUACUAGUACUCCCACCGGUCAGAUAAACCUGAUGUUCUGACCACAGGUAGUUCAAUUAGUGAAGGGAAUUUUGAUCGGAACUUUAACUAUUCUCGGGUGGAGGUAGUAGUUCAUAGCAGUAGCAGAUGCUGCUUUUGAUUCUUCUAUACAAAUUGAAUUGAUUCUUAA